AAAAGUGAAGUAUAUGUGUUCACAUCCUUUUGCUCUGAUGGGUAGUUAAAAUCUCAGUUUGUUAAAAAAAAUAUGAACGGUGAUCAUCGCCGUCGCAUAGAUCAGGCCAUAAUAGAUCUAAUCAAUGAUGUUUAUAAGUCACAUCUAAGAAAAAUGCAAUCCGAAAUGCAUUUGUGCGCCGCGAAUUGUUGUGACGACUUGUAUCGUCAACCGAGCAUGGAUAGUGUUCAGGGCUGUAUUGAAGACUGUGCCGGGCCAUUGUUAAGAGCUCAAGAUUAUAUGCAACAUGAAUUGGGACAAUUUCAAGGACGUUUACGUAAUUGUCUUAUGCAAUGCAACGAUGGUGUCCGUGGCCGUAUUCCCACCAAUACUCAUCAGUCUGAUAUUUCGAAAUAUGCCAACCAAUUUGAACUAUGCACAGGACAGUGUGUUGAUAAGUAUAUUGGCCUAGUACCAAAAAUGAUGAAAACAAUGAAAUCUGUGUUGGAAAACGGACCAACUAUUGUGGAUCAAAUGUAGAGAGAAAAAAUUGUUGGCUAUAAAUGAUAAUCAGUUGAACCUGAACCCUGACUUGAAAACAUGUAGAAGAGAUGCCAAAAAUCAUGAUGUUUCUUUUAAUUUGAUUUAUUUUUGUAUUUGGAUGAGCUAAAAACGUGGAUUAUUAUCAAUAUUUCCCAAAGAAAAUACAGUAAACGCGGAUUUUUUUAAGAAUAUUUUUCAAGGAA